CCUGGUUACGCCGAGGCACGUGUGCAGUCCCGGAAGCGGCUCCGGGAAGCUGCCUAGCUCGCGCAGCCGGAGGAAGCGCAGCCGGGUCCGCUCGGGUCGGGUCCGGCUGGGCCAUGGAGCUGUUACCUGAGCCCGCGUCCCGGCCCCGGCCCGGGCCCAGGCCCCGCUGUCUUCUGCUUCUUCCCUUGCUAUUGCUGCUGCUGCUUCUCCUGGCGGCACCGGAGCUGGGCCCGAGGCAGGCCCGAGCAGAGGACACCGACUGGGUUCGACUGCCCAGCAAAUGCGAAGUGUGUAAAUACGUCGCAGUGGAGCUGAAGUCAGCCUUUGAGGAAACUGGCAAGACCAAGGAGGUGAUUGACAUGGGCUAUGGCAUCCUGGACCGGAAGACCUCAGGAGUCAAAUACACCAAGUCGGACUUACGGUUAAUCGAAGUCACUGAGACCAUUUGCAAGCGGCUCCUGGACUACAGCCUACACAAGGAGAGGACCGGCAGCAACCGAUUUGCCAAGGGCAUGUCGGAGACCUUUGAGACGCUACACAACCUGGUGCACAAAGGGGUCAAGGUGGUGAUGGACAUCCCCUACGAGCUGUGGAACGAGACCUCUGCAGAGGUGGCUGACCUCAAGAAGCAGUGCGACGUGCUGGUGGAGGAGUUUGAGGAGGUGAUCGAGGACUGGUACAGGAACCACCAGGAAGAGGACCUGACUCAGUUCCUCUGCGCCAAUCACGUGCUGAAGGGCAAGGACACCAGCUGCCUGGCAGAGCGGUGGUCUGGCAAGAAGGGGGACACAGCCGCCCUGGGGGGGAAGAAAUCCAAGAAGAAGAGCGGCAGGGCCAAGGCCUCGGGUGGCGGCAGCAGUGGCAGCAAACAGAGGAAGGAGCUGGGUGGCCUCGAGGGAGACCCCAGCCCCGAGGAGGACGAGGGCAUCCAGAAGGCUUCCCCCCUCACCCGCGGCCCCCCCGAGGAGCUCUGAGCCUAACCCAGCGCUCCUGCUGACCCACAGCCCUGACCUGGGAGCUGAAGGAUCUGGGCCCCAGCUCUGGCAGACAGAGCGGCACCGGGCUUCAGCUGUGCCUGCUUGGGCUGUGCCUCUUCCUGCCGCAGACAGACUCCAGCCCUGGAAGAACUCAGAUCAGCUGCGGGCAGCCCAGGCCGGCCUUUUCCCUCUGCCCAGCGUUCCUCUCCUGACCCAGACUUCAGGCGGGCUCUGCGCUCUCAGGACUGCCCAAGGACUCCGGUGUGAACUCGGGCAGGCAGGUGUCGAGCUGGGCCCCGGGACUGGGGCUCCAGAGCCCCGCACCCCCUCGCUCCUCCGGCACUGACACCGGGAAGCAAGACUGAGGCCGCAGCUCCUCCUCUCUGUACCCACCCCUCCUGUGGACACCUUGUACUCUGCCUGGCCCUCCCCAGGGCUCACAGAGUAAAAACCUUUCGGCCUUUUUCGUUUG